AUGGAUAUAUCGAAUAGUAUCGAAAUAUCGAAAAGUAUCGAUAUAUCGAUAAAUAUCGAUAAGAUUCGAAAAGAUAUCGAUAAGUAUCGAAAAGAUAUCGAUAAGUAUCGAAAAGAUAUCGAUAAGUAUCGAAAAGAUAUAGAUAAGUUUCAAAAAGAUAUCGAAAAGUAUCGAAAAGACAUCGAAAAGUAUCGAAAAGUUAUCGAAAAGUAUCGAAAAGAUAUCGAAAAGUAUCGAAAAGUAUCUAUAUAUAAUGAAAAGUAUCGAUAUAUAAUUAAAAUAUCGAUAUAUAAGUACCGAAAAGAUAUCGAAAAGUACCGAAAAGAUAUCGAAAAGUACCGAAAAGAUAUCGAAAAGUAUCGAAAAGAUAUCGAAAAGUAUCGAAAAUAUAUCGAAAAGUAUCGAAAAGAUAUCAAAAAGUAUCGAUAUAUCGAUAAGUAUCGAAAAGAUAUCGAAAAUAUCGAAAAGAUAUCGAAAAGUAUCGAAAAGAUAUCGAAAAGUAUCGAAAAGAUAUCGAAAAGUAUCAUAAUGAUCGAAAAGUAUCGAAAAGAUAUCGAAAAGUAUCGAUAUAUCGAAAAGUAUCGAUAUAUCGAAAAGUAUCGAUAUAUCGAUAAAAAAGGUAUCGAAAAGUACCGAAAAGAUAUCGAAAAGUACCGGAAAGAUAUCGAAAAGUACCGAAAAGAUAUCGAAAAGUACCGAAAAGAUAUCGAAAAGUACCGAAAAGAUAUCGAAAAGUAUCGAAAAGAUAUCGAAAAGUAUCGAAAAGAUAUCGAAAAGUAUCGAAAUGAUAUCGAAAAGUAUCGAAAAGAUAUCGAAAUGUAUCGAUAUAUCGAAUAG